UAUGUUUUCUUGGAUACAUUACAAUGGUGGAUAAAACACAUGUUUUAUCCUAGAAACUUUUUAUGAAACUAGGUACCGGUAUAGAAAAUUAAUGUUUUAAAUUGACGAGUUUCAAAUUACUUUCAAAAUGUUUAAGCAACCCCUACGGAGAAACUAAUAAUUGAAAUGGGAAUUUAUGCAACAUAAAAAAGUAUAAUUGUUUUCUUGGUAACAAUUAAUAUUGUUCAUCCCAUGCAAAAUGGAAAGAGAACCGGCAACAGUCAACAUAGCGGAAAACUUCCCGGACUUCAUGAUUCCUGGGGUUCAACGUAUAGGGUGGGGGGCCUGUGCCCCAUUGUGGAAACACUCCCUUCGAAUACCGGUGACUCACGUACGCUUCACGCACACAGGAACACAAGCCUGCAGGGACAAGAGAUCAUGCAGUUUCAUACUGCAAACAAUGCAGAAGUUCUACAUUAGCCAAGCUAAUCUAGGAGACAUUCCUUACAAUUUCAUGAUAGGGGAAGACGGUCUGGUGUACAAGGGAAGAGGGUGGUUCAGUGAACCGGCCAGACCUCCCAACCUCAAGUAUCUUUCCUGGAAAUGUCUGGACAUAGCCUUCAUCGGAAACUUCACAGAUAAAAAACCGAGCCCUGAAGCCGAAAGCCGGGCUGCUGACCUCAUCUCUUUUGGAGUAGCAUCAAGGAAGAUACAACACGAUUAUACACUAAUAAAAUUGGGGGAGACUCCUCUGGUUCACUAGUUGUAUAUUUA